CAUGUUGAAUGCAUCCUGUCUAGGGGAGAGUAUUUUGUGUACUGAGCGUGAAGCUGCGGACCGUAGAAGUGCACAUUAAUCCAGAAAAUGAUGGUGGUCGUUAUUAUGCUUUGCUUGCUCUGGGGUGCUGCAGUUGCAAAGGGGAACGGGAUUAGAACCACGGUAAACCUUCCUGACGAGAUUGCAUUUCAAGUUUACGUCGCCUUCGACAACGUCCUGCACACCGCUUUCAGCAACGAAAGAGAGGCACAGAAGUACGCCGUCGUGUUCUUCAAUGCGAUAAAUCUAAUCUUUCAAAACAUGACGAAUCCGAAAAUCAAGUUCGAAGUCGUUAUGUUCCACGGUCAGUUCCUAAACUUUACGGGGCCUGCGCUUACUUUGGAGUCAAACGAAGUAGACGCCCACAAGAGCCUCACUUCAAUCGAUAAGUUCAUCACGGGCAAAGCGCAGUUUGAUCCGUCAGACAUCCUGUUCGUCUUUUCCGGGCGGAAGGUAUUCACAAGAGGACCGAACAACAACAAAGAAUAUUUGCCUCAAGGUCUGACAUGGGAGCGAGGAAUAUGCAACAGGAGCAGAAAGAUAGUCAUAGUGAGUGACAUAGGCAAGCACUUCCAAGCCUUACCGAAUGCUGGGUUCCAGCUCGCGCGCCUGUUGGGUGCACCAACUGCGUGCACACCUAACUUUUACAAACUGGGACAAGACCUUUUUCGUCUCUCAGAAUGUGCUAUGAAGAACAUUACAAAAAAUAUCGAGGUGUUUCACCUGAGGUGAUAAAAAUUCCAACUGGGGACGCACUCGCCGGAGGAUUGUGGGAAUUUCAGCAACUACUCCCUGGAAUCUUUUGCCGCAAAUAAGGAAUGCUUUUGACGAUUUUUAAUUGCGGGAAAUUAAUGUUUUUCAAUUGAACUUUGAAAAUUGCAAAGAAUCCUCAGUUUUUUAGUGAAAUACGAAAUCCUUCACGAAUAACUGCAGAUCCAACAAAAACUAUGCACAGUAUCGCAACAGAAACGGUCGAAAAAAAAUGGCGAAAAUUCCGCUAUAGCCUUAUUUGUCUUUUGUCAAUCGCAGCCGUCACUCACUCAGCCUGCAUAAGUAAGCAUAUUCACAAAAAUGGAACAUUUGACUUUUGUUUGCAUCACUUUAAUUAUGCAGCUUAUGAUACGUGGUUUCAACAAUGGUAAUCUUUUAGGAGAACUCUUACUCAGUGCAGAGUCUUCAAUCUAUCGUUUCUUUCAAAGACCGUGCCGAAAGACUUUCCCGAAAUAAUUUUUUAGUGAUAUGCCGGUUUAGCAGUGAUAUUGCACAAACUAUCUUGUUUACUCAGUGUGGGGUUUUUGAUACAACGUUGUUGCUUUCGAAGGCUGUUUGACACAUGUUCCUCUUGGACUUUGUUUUACAUGCUGCAAAAGCUUUAGCAGAGAUUGUGUUUUUGCGUGCCAUGUUUUCGCGUGAGGUGCAGUGAUAUGUUUACUAGCGGCAUGGCAGAACGGGUUAAGGCGUCCUGCUCGU